AUGGCACUAAAGAAGAAACCAGAUCAGUCCGGGAAUUCGGGGCAGGACAAGAAGUCGGAGCCGCCUAAAAAAGUGGAACAACCCAAGAAAACAGAACAAUGUAAGAAACAGGCGCAGUCCAAAACACCAGAGCAGCUCAAGAAAUUGGAACCAUGCAAGAAAUUGGGGCAAUCUGAGACCUCGGGGCAACCCAAGAUACCAGAACAGCCUAAGAAGUCAAAGCACCUUAUGGAUUCGGAACAGUCUACGAAACCAGAACAGAAGCUGAAGAACCAAGAGCAGGAAAAGCCAAAAGAGGUGAAGAAAUCAGAACAAGCUGUGGGCCAGCUUGGUCCGCAGACUGCGUCAUGCCAAGCCCUCAUUCGCACAGCCUGUCCUCAAUAUCUGACGUCCGAGGAAUUUGAGCAGAUAAUUAGACAGUUCAAAAUUUGCCCCUGGCUGGAGAAUAAGCAGGUGUUAUGGAGCGGGUUGAUGAAGGAUCAGGUUCAAGAAUGGGCAGCUCAACGAGGGAUGCAGACGCUCACCACCGCCAUGGGACCAUUGAUGGACUCGGGCAAUCCCCUAUGCUUGCGACAAACGAAAAGCCCCUGCGCGUGGUCGAAGUAUAUCAAAGGAGCUUCCCUUGUCUUUGCGUGGCGUAUUUCUCAAGGCUCAUACACUACUGUCCUAACUCCGCCACCGCCAGAACGGUUUCACCCAGACGGAUUAACCAACUGGCAAGACAUAGAGGAGCCCGUCUUGAAGGGUCGUCUAGGCACUCCGACGUCAUGUGCAAUCUUGCUAGUUCAUCCAGCUGUCCAAGAAGCUCAAAACUUCCGCUAUCAGGUGUGGCCGGUAGACUACACACAUAAAUGGUUCAAGAAAUUCAAAGUCAAUCAAGCCUCGAUUCUCACCUGGAGAACUAUAUCUAAAUCAAGAGGUCAGUUCCUGUACUACUCAAUGUUCAGAUGUUAUACGAUGGCUGAUCAAAGUACAGCCCACACUUCAUGGAUGGUCCCUACUGACGAGCCACUCAAGUCGGCGGAUACGAUCAAGUUCAGCACCACACGCAAAGCCAAUGCCGUAACACUAGCCAGCAUAGCUUCGAGGGAUAAUAAUGCCUCCGCAGAUCCAAGAUGUUUGCUACAAAGUCAAGUAAACAUGCCUGAAAUUGGAUUGGGUGGAGAGAAGAGACUAGUUAUGCCACAAGUCACCAAAGCUUCAGGCACUACGAUGUCUCCUCCGGGCCCAACACUGUCUCUAAAAAACCAACAGAGCAGACGUCGAGUUGGAGUUGAUGCAGCAACUCAGACUAUCCAAGUGUCAUUCCCUGGGUCACAAAUCGUCAACGUCUCAAGCGAUGAAGCCCUAACCCCUGCUUCAGGAGGCCAGCCGCAAUGCCAAAAGAGCAUGGGCCAGACUAAAGCAGGUACAGAGACGAGGCCGGCCGUACCCAAGGUCAGUCAGGCUUCAAAUGAUGCGAUCACUUCCCAAGAUAGAUCUGAUACUCCGCAGAGUCUCCCGAAUAUUUCUCGAGCUCGCGCGAAUCAAGAGGCGAUUCAACUCAGUAGACCCGGAGAACCUGCAACGGGUCCAUCGUCUGCUGCGUCCAUUACAGAAGCUCCAUCAGCUUUCUUGGUGUGUCUGUAUUUGGCAAUUAUCGAGAUUAUUCUAUCGUUGCUGCUGCUUCUGAUUGGAACUGCAGUACAUCUUGGUUUGAUGCCAUGGAACAGGGCCAAGAUGAUGAAUUCAAAGGCUGCCAAGAAAGCUGCUAAGAAAGCAUCAAAACGGUUCAUCAAAGAACAGUCUUUGAGAGAAGCUCAAGAGGCACUGGAAUCUGCCGUGGCCAUCGGGAGGCUAUUCCACGAAGACAAACUAGUGGACGAACCUCAGGCAGCCUAUGUUGAUACCUCCAGCACCUUGAGCAACUUUUCAGCGCCAACAAUUACAGUAUCUGGAAUGGAUUUUGCUAGCCACGGUCUGCCUGGGUAUAAGAGGAAAGAUGAGAACAAAAGAAAGAAGGCGACGGCGGUUGCGAGCAUCACCGCGGAAGAUGCGCAAGUCACCGCACCCCAGCGCGCUGAGGAAGUCCUACUGGGUAGACUGAGAAAGAGGGCUUUGCAUGUAGUAUGUGUUGUGGCACAAAAUGCGAAGAUGUUCGAUGUCGAGCGUUUCCUAUUCAAUUAUUAUCCAGGGAACAUGAUAGAUCUUGCUACACAGAGACAUAUUUCAUUGCAGGUUCAAAUCAUUACAGUCUUGGAAGGUUCGGGCAACACACUCCUGAUGCCUCAUUAUCAUUAUGAGCCCAUCUCAUCGAAUCCGGAGCAACCCAGACACAAUUCCGACAUCGCCGAUCGACAUCAAUGCACCAGACCGCUGCGACGCCUCACGAUCAUGGCUCCUCCCGUCUCGAUGUCACAUCACGCAUCAGCUCACGAAAGCCAAGUCACCUCACCUCACCCAUCAACCGUCGGCCGAGCUAUUGUUCCACAAAACUCACAUCAUCGAGAGACGAUCCCUGGCUCUUCCCCUCUCUUCACAGGCCAAUCAAAGGGUGCAAGAGGUCUAGACAACGGGACGAUCACUGGCGUCAUUCAAGCCCUCCACAUCAUCCAAGUUCAGGGUCCUUUUCAGAGCGGGCAGCAAAUCGAGAGGGUGUGUUUGGAUGGAAAAGGGAUCAGCACCGCUUCACACCCUCUCACGCAACCCAUCUGGCUGGCGCAGGUGUCUGUCUUGUCGCAGUACACCGACACCGGUCCGUCUGCAUCAGACAGCUUCUGGCGUAGGAAGGAAAUUAUGCCACUUAAAACAGCGAUUGAGCGAGGCUGGAUGGGGACCACCCUCAGAGAGGAUGAUAUUUCCCGACCCUCCAUCUCAAAGGUCUUGAAUAUCGUCCGAGAUGGACACGAUAUUGUUGGGGCCGUCAUCAUCGCGGUACGGGGCGAGAUGUUACGGAUUCCAUGCAGACCGUGGAUCCAUCGCGCAUUUCCGGAGCCAAGUCCACAAAGCAUUGUUCUCUCCGAUAACGCAAGGACGGUGAGGGCAGAAGAAGACGCGCACAGCCUCGCGCGAACCUUGCCGCCACCCGGCCGAGCGAGCCAUAGACACACAAACACAGAGAGAAGAAACACACGCACUCAUACGCAGGAGAAGAGGGUGAAGAACAAGGUGGUCGGGGAUUUUACAGGCCAACCAGCCAGGCAGACCCAGCCCCUACAGCAUCUAGGGACCCUGCCAACGACGCAGAUUAUCACAGUUACCGACCUCGUUUUCGCCAUCUUCUUCUGGUUUAGCAGUUUAAGUCUGUGCCGCUCCUCAUAUCCACUGGCGCUGGCAGCGGACGCCCCUCCAGGGCAAGUAAGUCCCUUUCAAGUUUCCCAACAACAGCGCAGUACACGUACACGUAUGCGUAGAACCCACAGAGGCGAGUUUGACAUGUCUUGUUCCAAGGCAAAGGCAAACUAG